GUGGCAUUGGCAGGACUGUGUGGGGAUCCCUGGACUGGAAGGGCCCGGAGUUGUGGCUCAGGUGGCAGCUUCCAGGUGACCAAGUUUUAUUUGCUUAUGCGUUCUCUGUGGUUCUAUUACCAGUCCACCAGUGAGGGCGGAGACUUAGUGAGGAGGAGGCAGGGAGAACAGGCAGUUCCUACCUUGCUCACCUGGCCACCUCCUCAGGUUGGAUGUCCCCUCCCCCACUUGCCUAUCUAUUUAUUAACUCUGCUCAGGGAGAGAUUUGCAAGUGGUGAGACGGAAGCCCUUUGUCCUGAGCCCCGCUGCCUGAUCUCAGGCUUCUUCCUUCUCCCUCUGCCCCACCUCACACCAACUCUUGUGACCAUGUGGGAGGGGAAGUAUUAGGGCUGGACAGGCUCCUCUGGCCGACAGCUGCAGUACUCCGUCCCCUUGAGCCUCUCUUAUUCCUUCCUUCUCAGUGGGGACCCCUGCGGCCGGGGACCUGAUGCCAUCCUGUGGGCACAUCCCAAAAGGACUGUCAAGGGCAGGCAGCGCAAGGAAGAAUGAUCUUGUGGUUAGAGCGCUGGACUGAAAUUUGGAAGACCUGGGGUCAAUGCCUGGCUCUGCCACAGACUCUUUGGUUCCUUUGGUUGUAGCUACCCAGCCCCUUGGCUGCUCUCCCUCGACGAUGGUGAGGUGGUUCCACCGGGACCUGAGUGGACUGCAAGCUGAGGCCUUACUCAAGGGACGAGGAGUUCAUGGAAGCUUCUUGGCUAGACCCAGUCGAAAGAAUCUGGGAGAUUUCUCCCUCUCUGUUAGGGUCGGUGACCAGGUGACCCACAUUCGUAUCCAGAACACUGGGGAUUAUUAUGAUCUCUAUGGAGGGGAGAAGUUUGCCACGCUGUCUGAACUGGUGGAGUACUACACACAGCAGCAGGGUUCACUACAGGAUAAAGAUGGGACUGUAAUAGACCUGAGGUAUCCACUGAACUGCUCCGAUCCCACUACAGAGAGGUGGUACCAUGGGCAUCUAUCUGGCCCAGCAGCUGAGUCUCUGCUCCAGUCCAAGGCCAUCCCCUGGACUUUCCUGGUGCGUGAGAGCCUCAGCAAACCUGGUGACUUUGUCCUGUCUGUCCUGACUGACCAACCCAAAGCUGGGCCUGAGGCCCCACCAACUGGGGCUGCUGGCACCCCUGGGGCUCGGCUUAAGGUCACCCAUGUCAAGAUCUUGUGUGAGAAUGGGAGAUACACAGUGGGAGGUGCUGAGAUGUUUGACAGCCUGGCAGACCUAGUGGAGCAUUUCAAGAAGACUGGAAUCGAGGAGUUGUCCGGAUCCUACGUGUAUCUGAGACAGCCCUAUUAUGCCACCAGAGUGAACGCGGCAGACAUUGAGAACAGAGUGCAUGAACUGAACAAGCAGAGCCCAGCUGAGGAGACAGCCAAGGCUGGAUUCUGGGAGGAAUUUGAUAGCUUACAGAAACAGGAGGCCAAGCAUCUGUAUGAUCGGCAUGAGGGGCAGAGACCUGAGAACAAGGGGAAGAACCGGUAUAAGAAUAUCUUGCCCUUUGAUCAUUCUCGAGUCAUCCUACAAGGCAGGGACCCAAAUAUCCCCGGAGCGGAUUAUAUCAAUGCCAACUACAUCAAGAACCAGCUGAUCAGCCCAGAUGAAUUCACCAAGACAUACAUCGCAAGCCAGGGCUGCCUGGAUGCCACCGUCAAUGACUUCUGGCAGAUGGUGUGGCAGGAAAACUCUCGCAUCGUUGUGAUGACCACCCGGGAGGUGGAGAAAGGGAGAAACAAGUGCGUCCCCUACUGGCCAGAGGAGGGCAGCACUAAAGAGUAUGGUCCUUAUAUUGUGGAGAAUCUUGGAGAACGUGAUGCCCUGGAGUACAAACUCCGACAGCUCUGUCUCUCGCCAAUCGAUAACUGUAAAGCCGUGCGAGAAAUAUGGCAGUACCAGUACCUGGGCUGGCCAGACCAUGGAGUCCCCAGUGAGCCAGGAGGGGUGCUCAGCUUCCUGGACCAAAUCAACCAGAAACAAGAGAGCAUCCCUGAAGCUGGGCCCAUCGUGGUGCAUUGCAGUGCUGGGAUUGGCCGCACCGGAACCAUCAUAGUCAUUGACAUGAUAGUGGAGACGAUUUCCACCAAGGGGCUGGAUUGCGACAUAGACAUCCAGAAGACCAUCCAGAUGGUAAGAGCCCAGCGCUCGGGAAUGGUGCAGACUGAGGCCCAGUAUAAAUUCAUCUACAUGGCCAUCUGCCAGUUCAUAGAGACCACCAAGAAGAAGCUGGAUGUUAUGCAGUCUCAGAAGGGGAGAGCCAAAGAGUCUGAAUAUGGGAACAUUGCGUACCCACCUGCGCUGAAGAACCAACAUGUCAAGGCCUCCCGAAAGUCCUCUAAGCAGAAGGAGGAACCAACGGUUUAUGAAAACUUAGGGAAUGCCAAGGGAAAGAAAGAUGAGAGAGUGCGGAAGCAGCGCUCGUCCGAGAAGGAGAAAUUGAAGAGCUCACUUAAGAAAAAAUAACUUUCCGCUGCAGCUCCCCUCAGCUACAGAAGACACCCUGUCCUUGGUCAAGUGACUGGGAUCCACUCGCUGUCUUUGCACCCUCAGUGCAGUAGGCCCAUCCAGUCUGUUCUGCUUUCCAGCCUGCUGCUUUAAGAUACAUUUUAGCAGUCAGAGAAAUAAUAUCCUCUUUAAUUUUCUGUGGCCACUAACGGCUCAGGCUCAUCUCCAGCUCUGUUUGUCCUUCGCAAGCUCCUCUUAUGGGAGACGGGCCCCCACAGGGGUUAACCUCAACACCGCCAUGAGACUAGCUGCUCCUGCAAAGUCAGUUGUUUGACACUGGUCCUUUAGAUGCUUGCCGCUUAACCCCUUUCAGCUCUCCCUUCAUCCAAAAGAAAAUUCUCUCCCUGCUCACCACCUGUGCCACCAUCUCCUCAGCCUUGCGGGUCCACUCGCCUCCUUGUGGUGCUGUAAAUACUCAUGGAUUUGAGGUUUGGUUUUGCUUUCCUUUGUAAAUAAACCAGGAGUUUUGUCUGA